UUGGACGCUUGAAAUUUGAAACGUUUUAAUGAGGUAGAGUGGAGGAGAUUAUUUCAUGCGUGACUGUAAACAAGCGUCUGGUUGAGAGGAAAUUCACGUGACCCUAGUUUCGCUUUACUUUAACUGAGUAGGCACCGAAGGCACAUGGUAACGGUCUUGCGAUCGGUCUGAGAAGCUUAUGAGAAGAUGUUUUGUAUGGAAUGUGGUAUGCAGCUUGCUGAUGGGAAGGCAAAAUUUUGUGGGAAUUGUGGUACCAAGGUACCCUCAGCCUCCAAAGAAACAGAUCCUGGUGUUGAAGUCCUCCCUCCUUCGUUUGUUCAGGGAACUUUAUCUCAAGGCGCAAUGGAGAGUUUGGCUAAACUUAAAGAAAAAUAUCCCACCAACAUUGGACACAAACCAGUGUCGAAGAAACGAACAAGUGAAUCAAAAGAAAUGAUCAUCCAUGUAAUGGACAAAAAGAAAAAAGCACUCAAAAGAGCUUUUCCAAGUGACAGUGGGUUAACAGGCUGUUUAAAAAUAAAAGCAAAUUACAAUCAAACCACCAAAAAUUGGAUGGACUCCCUUAAACACCAUUUCAGAGGAAAUAUAGAUUUUAUCCCCCACAUUAUGGGUAGAAAUGGGUUGGAACCCAUCAGUACCGACUGUAGCCUAGAGCAGAUAGAAAGUAUGAAAAUCCAGAAAAAAUCUGCUUUAAAGAUCUAUGCCAUGGCAAAGGGAAAAGGUUAUGGAGUCCGACGAAGAAAUGCCAAAAAUUGAAUUGCAGAAACCAUGCAGUAA